AUGAGAAUCGCUGCUGUAUUGUUGGUUGUUCUUAUGGUCAGCUUGGCUUCUGCCUCUGUCCACUUCCAAGAGACCUUCGGUGACGACUGGACUUCCAGAUGGGUCGCCUCAAAGUGGAAGGUCGAGGAUGGAACUGCAGGAAAGUUCAUCCAAACUGCUGGAAAGUGGUAUGGUGAUGCCCAAGAUGAUAAGGGUAUCCAGACUACCCCAGAUGCCCGUUUCUACGCCACCUCUGCCAAGUUCACUCCUUUCUCCAAUGAGGGCAAGGAUUUGGUCGUUCAAUUCACCGUCAAGCACGAGCAGAAGCUCGACUGUGGUGGAGCCUACAUCAAGCUGUUGCCAGCCACCGUCGACCAGGAGAACUUUGGCGGAGACUCUGACUACUACAUCAUGUUUGGUCCAGAUAUCUGUGGAAACUCCAAGCGCACUCACUUGAUCUUCAACUACAAGGGCAAGAACCACUUGGUCAAGCGUGACAUCAAGGUCGAGUCCGACCAGUUGACCCACCAGUACACCCUGGUCGUCAAGUCAGACAACUCGUACGUCGUCCUCAUCGACAACGUCGAGGCCCAGUCCGGCACCUUUGUCGAGGACUUUGACUUUUUGCCACCAAAGCAGAUCAAGGAUCCAAACGAGUCCAAGCCAGCCGACUGGGUUGACGAGAAGGAGAUCAACGACCCAGAGGAUGUCAAGCCCGCCGACUGGGACACCAUCCCAGCCACCAUCGUCGACCCAGAGGCCCAGAAGCCCGAGGACUGGAACGAUGAGGACGACGGAGAUUGGGAGGCCCCAACCAUCGCCAACCCAGAGUACAAGGGUGCCUGGUCCGCCAAGAAGAUCCCCAACCCAGAGUACAAGGGUCCAUGGGUCCACCCAAUGAUCGACAACCCCGAGUACAAGGAGGAUGCCGCCAUUUACACUUACAGCAACAUCGGUGCCGUCGGUUUCGAGUUGUGGCAGGUCAAGUCUGGCACCAUCUUUGACAACAUCCUCGUCGCCGACACCGUCGAGGAGGCCAAGGCCUUCUCUGCUGCCCACUUCGAGAAGAACCAGGCUGGCGAGAAGAAGAUGUUCGACGACAUCGAGGCCAAGAGAGCCGAGGAAGAGAAGGCCAAGCGUGACGAGGAGGCCAAGAAGGCCGCCGAGGCUCAGCCCGCCGCCGAGGAGGAGACCGAGGAGGAGGUUGUCAAGACCACCACCAAGGAGGAUGUCAAGGUCACCAAGAAGGCCGACACUCACGACGAGCUUUAA